CCCGGUCUCUCAGGCUCGGCUUCCUCGUCGGGGAGAGGGCGACGCCUGCCAGAGGGCGCUGGGAAGCGCCGUGCCCGCGGGGCCGCCUCUCCCUCCCCGAACUUUCCCGUUUCCCGUGCGCGGGGCGGGGAUCUCCGCCAGCCGCCCCGCUCCGCCGGCGUCACAUGGUGCUGAGGGAGGAGGGGGAGCCGCCCCCCCGGCCCUCGAGUUUAUUCCGGUCUCGGCGCUCAACUCCGGCGGGGCCGGGCGGAGCGGCACCGGGCGGACGCCGCUGCCCGCUCACGGCGGCUGGGAAGCGGCUCCGAGCGCGGCGCGUCCCUCCCGCUGAUGCCCCGCCGUGCCCCACCGCCAGCCCGGCGGCUGCGGGAGGAUGCGGCUCUUCCUCCUCGCCGCUACUUUCUGCGGGCUGUGCCUGGCUGCAGGUUUUGGUUUGCAAAUACAGUGCUACCAGUGCGAGGAGUUCCAGCUGAACAAUGACUGCUCCUCUCCGGAGUUCAUUGUGAACUGUACAGUGAACGUUCAAGAUAUGUGUCAGAAAGAAGUAAUGGAGAAAAGUUUUGGAAUCAUGUAUCGCAAAUCCUGCGCAUCUUCAGCAGCGUGUCUCAUAGCUUCUGCUGGAUACCAAUCUUUUUGCUCUCCAGGGAAAGUGAACUCUGUGUGCAUCAGCUGCUGCAACACUCCGCUCUGCAAUGGACCCCGUCCCAAGAAGAGGGGGAAUUCUGGUGUGAAACUGAGGGCACACAUGAUAACCACCGCUCUGCUCCUUAAAUUCUCUCUCUUGUUUUUGUAUCGCUAAAUUUCAACGAGUUUCUUGUCCUGACGCAAUUUGUUCUGUCUCCUCCUUUCUUCAAAGACACUGCAAUUAUUUUCUAUUUGUUUUUAAGUCUCUAUCAACAGCGAGGGAAGUUCAGUGGUUGUGGGGAAAGAGGCUGAUACUUCUGGCAGCUAAUGCAGAAUCCCGAAAACAGGAAGUUCCAUCCUAAUGCAAGGAAGAACUUUACUUUGGAGCACUGGAACAGGCUGCCUGGAGAGGUUGUGGAGUCUCCUCUGGAGAUAUUCAAGACCCACUUGGAUGCUU